CCCAAAAGGGCUUGGGAGUUCUUAGCAGAAAGCUGAGAAGCUGCAGCUGCAGAGGGGAGUGAGAGAAACUUUAGUGGGUGCCUGGAAUCCAGCCAGCGUCAACCUGCUACAGAACUCCACCAUGGGAAGGAAGGAAUGGGCAGAUGUGUGCAGGAGGUUUUAGGUGUGUGGAUCAACCUAUCGUCACUGAAGCAUCAGUUUAAUCUUGCUAACUUGACAACCGUUGUAUGCCAGCCUGUGUCAAUACCAGACCAACGUGCUCCUGAUCAACCAGAUCUUUCAGAAAUUUUUUUAAAAGAAUCCUUGGUGGGUAAAAGAUGUGCCAUGGAAUGGUAGCAUCAAAGAGCAGCACAGGAUCAUCUCUUGCCUUGACUGGCCAUGGGUUAUUUUGUCUGCUAGUUAUCUUUGGUUCCUUUAUCUUGGAAGCACAGUCCACAGGUUGGCUGAGCAAAUCCAAAGGACCUGCAUAUUGCCCCCAGCCACCACAACCGGAGAAUGGAGGCUAUAAAUGCCACCCUAGCCCCUGCAACAACCCUCUGACUUCAGGCAGUGUCAUAGAGUAUCUGUGUGUUGAAGGUUACAUGCUGAAAGGAGAUUAUAAAUACUUGACCUGCAAGAAUGGAGAGUGGAACCCAGCCAUGGAAGUCAGCUGCAGGCUCAGUCCAGAAAAGGACUCUCCUCCGACAAUUGGAGUGCCCACGCUGUCUAUAGUAGCCUCCACAGCGAGCUCUGUUGCCCUGAUUCUGCUGUUAGUUGUGCUGUUUGUUUUGCUGCAGCCAAAGCUGAAGUCGUUCCAUCAUAGCAGGCGAGACCAAGGUGUGUCUGGAGAUCAGGUCUCUAUUAUGGUGGAUGGUGUCCAAGUGGCCUUGCCAUCCUAUGAAGAAGCAGUAUAUGGCAGCACAGGGAAUUGCAUUCCACCCUCGGACUCCCGAGUGCAGAUCGUGCUCUCAGAGGGAGCUGGACAGAAUGGACCCAGGGAGAUGCAGCAGCCGGACCAAGGGGCUCACAAUACCUUUGAAAGAGAAGAUGAAGCCCCUGGACGUUCUGGACUGUGUGAAGCCAGUGGCUCUCAGCGCUCUGAAACUGUUCUUGUGCAUCAGGCUGCUACCUCUUCCUGGGUAGCUGGCAUGGCUAGCAGUAGACCUUUACACAAAGAGGUCCAAGAUUCAGAAAGCAGUGACAUACAGAGCCUUUUAUCACUCACUUCCUCUGAGGAAUACACAGACGAUAUUCCCUUAUUGAAGGAAGCAUGAGGUCUGCUGUGUUUCUCUAGUCUUCUCCAUCUUGGAUUUCUUCCUCCUCCCCUCUCCCUGCCUUUGGGACAGAAGCACUCUGUGCAGUCUUCCCCAUCCUCGCAAGCUGUACCCUGGAUACCUCCAAGAAGAGAUGCCCUCAGCUGAAGAUCCAAAGGAUGUUACCAGGUUGCCUCCUGGAUGCACCAGUGGAGUUGGUGCAGUGCUGGCUUCCCCAUUCCAUCAGCAUCAGGGGCUCAAGGAACAGAGUGGAUUUGAGCUCUCCUCUUCCCCAGCCAGAUGUUUGACAGCAGUCUCUGAAGAGCUGCUCUUUUCUUGUGCCUUUCUCCUCCUCACACCGGCUUGUUGCAGCUUAUCAGCCUUUCUAGCCCUUCUGCUGCCCAGAGAGCAGGGGCUAAACCUGCUUGCUCGCUGGGUGCAGACACAAUUUAAAUAUAUGUAUACAUGUUAUAUAGGCUCUUCUUCCAGCAGCCUCUUUGUGAUAGGGCAGGACAGAACACCUCAGUGGGACUGAAACUGGGCUUGGGAGGGAUCGCAGUUAAGGGGCAGCUUGUGAUGUCUAGAAGCACCUCAGAUGAGAUGGGCUGCGUGGCAGCUUAGCCAUGCAGGAACAGUUCACUGAGAAUUGCUUAAGCACUAAAGGCUGAGAAGUCAAACAUGUAGGAAUGCCCUCUGUCCCAUCUCUGCGGGAGUCCAUUCCUGAAAAUCACUUUUGUCUCCUUCUUCUUCCUCUACCAGUGCAGCCCACUGGAAGAGGUUCAGGUGUUUGAAAAUACCAAGACAAAAAAAAUGACUGUAGGUAGUGAAUUCCUAGUGCCAUUGGUGCAGUCCCAAAUUCCUUUUCCAGCCACAGUAGGUACUUGAACCCUGGGUAGCUACCAUCUCAUAGGCUGGUGUGUCUUCCUAGCUUCAUUCAACAAAGGGUCUGCUGGUUUAGCCAGGUGGGCUCCAGUGGGCCCAUAGAGAAGGGCUCUUCCCCUGCUGCUGGGGGUAAGCAGCAUUUGUAAAGCUUCUCCUAAACAAAGUGCCAGCCUGUUGCUGUGAGGGAAAGUCAAGUACUCUGAUGGCAGUGCUAGAGGACACCACAGCUCAGUCCUGAAGUUGUAAGGAUUGUUUCAAGUUCUGGUAGUAGGGAAGGGAAAAUUCAGAAAUAUGCAUACCUCUGCCCCCCACAGUUAUCUACAGCAGGUCAGACUGUCCGUGUUGGGACUCUGUAACUGCAGGAAGCCACAUUUGUCUGGGGUGCGUGGUCCAGUACAAGUGCUGUGGUGGUUGUAAGAUCCCUCACUGAGGUCUGGACACUGUUCCAUGGGAUUGGUUUCAGCAAGAAGAGUUGGCUUCUUAGAUGCUGCAUGUACCUUGUCAUAACUCUCUUGAAGUAACCAGGGAAGUGUUUGCCCUGUGAGAAGCUGCUACAUUUUUGAGUUGAAGGAGCAAAAUGUCAUGGCCUUACACAUCACGUGGUAAUGUACAGGUAAACAGGGAUGUUGUCUUUGCUGCUUUGCUUUUGGUUUACAGUCCUCACCAUCCUCAUCCUCAUUGCUAUAGUAAAAAACAUUACAGCACUUGACAAAAAUGAUACAACAUCUUUAUGUUGGUUUAUGUGGGUUAGCUCCAGUUCUUUGAAAUGGGGAUUAGCCAUAGUGUCCAGCUGUGUAUUUGUUACUCCUUUUCCUGAAUAGCUGUUAAAUCCCAGGACACAUGGAAUAGUGUGUGUCUGUGGGUGGAAAAAUCCUUUUUUCCCUUUCCUUGUUAUAGAGGGAUGUUAAUUUAAAAUUACAGUGUUUUAAACAUCCUUCCCUGUUGCUCAUGUUACCUUGCAUUAACACAAGAGUUUGAUAAAUCCCAUUUGGGUGGUUUAGGUAUUUUUGGUUCAAUUUGGAUGGUGAAAAUCCUGUGUCAUUUUACAGUGGGCUGUGGUGUCUCAGCUUCAAGCGCUGUAGAGGACAAAUGUUGUUUACACAUCUGCCAUUGGAAUUUUAAAACAUAAGCAUGGGGACGAUUGUGUUUAGCUUUUUGACUGUUGGAAAUGGUCUAAGCUUGAGUAAAUUCUCCUUCAUUGGUUUAUUGGAGGGGUUGAGCAAGUGUAGUGGUAAGGGAGUGUGGAGGAAAGUCUGUGUGACUUUCCUGCUGCCUAACCAGCUCAGAGCAGGAGUUGCUUUUUAUGCAUUGAAGGUCCUGUCUGCUCAAACUGACCCUCAGCAAUUCAAGGUAUAGAAGUUGGGAAUGUGUUGCCUUCCUGAAAGGGAAGUGCUGGGUUGGUGGGAGAAGCUGGAAGCUGAUCCCAAGGCGUGACCUUGCUCUGGAUGAGGACCUGCACCACCAGCAGAAAACAUCCUCUGUGGCCUGGCCUCCUCUCUGCUGUUGUAAAACAAGCAACUGCCAGCUUGGGAGAGAAAAUUCAGUUAGGGUGGGGAAGUAAAGAAGACAAGCUCUACAAAGAGGGAGUGUUUUAAUUUCACAGAAUCA